GAGUUUCCUCUAGUGAUGUUUUCCGAGGAAAAUAUGCCAGAUCCACAGACUAAAAUAAACUACAUCUCAACUUUCAAUGUCCUACCGAUUGUGGAAACCGCAGUAGGCCCGGAUGCUUGGUUUCGUGUUCUCGAUUCUCCACUUGGAGUUGUUGUAAGAUUUAAACAGUUGAAUUUCCAGUGGAGUGCUAAACUCGUGCAUCAUCAUCUGCUUAGCAACCAACUGGUAUGCGAAAACGAGCAUGAGUUGUGGUUUUUAAUCAGAGGACAGCCAGGGCAGUUUUCGCUUUUCGAGUUUGAAGAUAUCACAGCUCUGAACUGCUACGAACCUCCGUCGGGGAUUAAUUUUGAACAAUUUGAGGAGCAUAUUCACUUCCAUAGUCUUUUGAAGCUUCGUGUAAAAUGCCUGAGCCCAAGCAUUGAGGACAUAAAAAAGUUGUGUCAGAAUUCUGCUGCAGAGAUAAGUAAGUGGUCUGUGGACGAUAGGGUUAGGCUAUGUUAUUUAGCCAUUCUGUCUAACGGUCUCUUGGGUAUUGAUCGGCGUACGGGUAUCCUAAUUGAUCACUACAGAUUGGUAAUGAAUUUGGAUAGUUUCGAAAGGUAUCCCUGGGGAAGGAUUGCAUGCAAAGAUCUUAUAUCGAAAGUAAAGCAAGCAACUAAUUUCAAGAUCUACCAAGGCUCCUAUGCUAUCAAUGGGUUUGUGCAAGUUUUGCAGAUAUGGGCUUAUGUUUACAUUCCCUCAGUGGGAAGAUCUCUAGGUUAUCCUCUGCCGAAUGCCACAGAUCGACCAAAGCUGCUAAGAUUCCAGGGUAAAGUUCGCCGGCUACCGACCGCGAACGUCUUCCAGAGUGAAUCGGUAUGCGAUCAUUAUCUUUGACAGAGUUCAAUUCGUUUCCCGCAUUAUCUGGCUGAUUAUAAUAUAUCGCUGCGUGGAGAUUAUUAUAUUUUCGCCGUAUAAUUUGACACUGCCAAAAGGUUUUGUCCUUUGGCAGACUUUAUUCGGAAUUUGCUGUAUAACUACGUUUAAGCAAAAAUCUGUGUGUUUGCAGUUGAUUGUAACUAGUAUGUGUGAGAGAUCCCGGAGAGAAAAGUAUCC